AUGUCCAAAGGUGCCAUCAGGAAGGAGCUUGAGGAGGAGCCGCUCGUCGAGCGGGACGGCGAGGACAGCUGUGGCAAUUGCUGUGACUCAGCGCAAGGCGAUGCGGCGCUGCCAAGUACUGCCGGCCCGCCGUCACCAAACACACACCAUACAUCAGCAAAGAACAAACCGUCGCCGCACGCCACGAGGCUCAAGUGGACCAGCUUGGCGCUGCUCGUCGUGCAGAACAGCAGCCUUUUCGUCGUCACACGCUUCUCACGAGACGUCGGGCCGAACGAGCCGCUCUACCUGGGAUGUGUUGUUCUGAUUUGUGCACCGCCGGUGUCUCAACAGAAUUUUACAAGAAAGCUCCCUCUGUAA